AUGCGUCUCUCCGCCGCUUCCGUCCUUGCCUUCGCCGCCCUGGCUGCUGCCCAGGCUGAGACCGUCACCGUCACCACCCCCUCCGUCCCCGGCGUUCCCGGCGCCACCCAGGCCAGCUCCCUCAUCGGCAGCCUCUCCAGCGCCGCUGGCUCCGCCCUGAGCUCCAUCUCCGGCGCCGCCUCCUCUCAGGCCGGCGAGCUCUCCUCCGCUCUCGCGUCCGCAUCCGGUGCUGCCUCCUCCAGACUCGAAUCCCUGAGCUCCGCCAUCGCGACUGCCACCGACGCUUCUGCCUCCGCUUCCUUCUCCUCCGCCAUCGACGCUGCCUCCUCCGCUGCCUCGUCCAUUGCUGGUGACGCCACUUCCGCCGCCGGCGAGGCUACCAGCACUUCCGCCCCUGGCGCUGCUGGCCCUGCUCAGACCGCUGCCAUCGGUAUGGGUGCUCUCUUCGGCGGUGCCGCCGUCCUUGCCAACCUGUAA